AUGUGGAGGGGGACGCGCAUGCACAGCCUCCUGGGCGUCCUGCUCCUCCUGGCCCUGGCCUACCUGAACUGGCUCCCGGGCCGCGGCCCCUCCUCCGCCGGCGGCCCCGGUGGGUUCAAGCUCCCCAUGCCGUGGCUGCAGCCGCCGAUGUCCUUCGUGGGCCGCGCCGGCACCCACUUCGUCGACGCCGUCACGGGCGCGCCGAUCUACGUCAACGGCUGGAACUCGUACUGGCUCCUCUCGGCCCGGUCCCCCGCGUUGUCCGCCGAGAUGCUGCGCCGCGGUCGCCGCAUGGGGCUGACGGUCUGCCGCACAUGGGCGUUCAGCGACGGUGGCCCCGGCGCGCUGCAGAUCUCCCCAGGCCGGUUCAGCGAGCCUGUCUUCCAGAUGCUGGAUUAUGUGAUAUAUGAGGCCCGAAGAAAUCAUGUUAGAUUGAUUCUAUGCCUUGUCAACAAUCUUGAUAACUUUGGAGGGAAGGCUCAGUAUGUUCAGUGGGCACAAGCAGCUGGUGCUAAUGUGACAAAUUCUAUGGAUUCCUUUUUCUCUCACCCAACUAUUAAAGGUUACUACAUGGAGUAUGUAAAGGCAAUAUUAACCAGAAGAAACUCUUACAGUGGAAUCAAAUAUUGUGAUGAACCUGCUAUAUUUGCUUGGGAACUCAUGAAUGAGCCUAGAUGUGUAUCUAAUUCAUCGGGUCCUCAUAUUCAGGCUUGGAUAGAAGAAAUGGCAGCAUAUAUUAAGAGUUUGGACACAAAGCAUCUCAUUACAGUUGGUAUUGAAGGAUUUUAUGGCCCUGGGAGAGGUGAGAGGCUGGGUGUAAAUCCUGGAGACUGGGCAGCUUCACUCUGCUCUGACUUCAUACAGAACUCAGCUGUCAAAGAUAUUGAUUUUGCCUCGGUUCAUGCUUAUCCUGAUAGCUGGCUACCAAAGGCAAGCAUGGAAGAAAAAGUCAAGUACCUUUCUGUCUGGGUUGAUUCACACUUGAAUGACAGUGAAUAUGUCUUGAGAAAGCCUGUCCUGUUUUCUGAAGUAGGUUACCUCCAACAUGCAGAAGCUAACAGCACAGUUGAUGGAGACACUCUUCUAAAAGUUGUUUAUGAUAAACUAUACAAUUCAGCAAAAAAGCUGCAGGCAGGAGGUGGCGCUCUUAUUUGGCAGUUGAUGGUUGAAGGCAUGCAGAUGUACCAUGAUAACUUUUCUAUGGUGGCACGGGAUCGUCCCUCAACAUAUAAUCUGAUAAAGGAGCAGUCAUGCCGACUGCAAAGUCUAUAUGGAAAAGAGGGAGACCCUAGUUGGCAAUGCUCAUUACCACCUUAG